AAUGUCGGAAAGUGUAUGAUGCUACGUGUUUUAAAACCUGUUCAGAUUACAAAGUUGUGUAGAGUUUUUCAACCUGAAUAGCUUCAACAAACAAAACUGAAGCCUGAAAAUAGCAUUAAGAUUUUGUAUAAAUAAACAUGAGGAAGGUCACUUUGAAAGAGCUUCUUCUGACAGCCUUAAUAUGCAACUGAAACUUGUGUGCAACUGCAGGCAGUAAUUCAGUCUGAGCAUAUCAUCCAUGCAAUGUCUUUGUGGUCAUGAAAUAAUUCAUUCUUUUUAUUUCUUAUCGCAUUUUUCUCAUGUGAAAUAAAUGACAGCGUCCCUGCAUCACACGUGCUCACUACCUCCCACACUGUGUGGUUAAAAUAACUAGACCUCUCCGGUUUUUAAGUGCACAAAAGAAGUUAAAGGCAAAUGAGGUAUAGAGGUCAUUUGUUUUAAUCAUUUGAAGUCCCUUGUGCUUUUAGACUGUGACACUGCAAGCCAUGGUGUUACUUCUCUAUUGUAGCUUGGACAAUGAGUAACGCCCCAUCUAUAUUUGUCCAGUGAAUGAAAGAAUGAAAGAGAAGAUAAUUUGUGAUUGGCUCUGGAUGAACAGAUAACAUUGUUUGUCACGUAGUAACUGCAUGAGAACACAUAGUGCUCUUGAUUGUCAUGGCUUAAGCUUUAAGUAGUUUUUAUUUCAGUCUACAAGACAGGUGCUAUCUCUGUACUACAUCAUAUUACUCGAGCUUGUAUCUGACUUGACUAAAAUUACUCAGCUACCUCAAACCAACAUCUCUUCUUCAUUUGCACCAUCAUGAGUUAGAACAGCAAGUGUCUGCAAAAUACAAAAGAGGAUGCCGUUUCUGAAAUUCACAAUGAUAUUAUCAACAUGUGUGUGGAUUCUUAUCUCUUUGUUUCCUGUGUUUAUAGCUGGACAUGCAUUAUUUAACGGCACCUCGGUUCAGACGGGUCAUCGAGGAAUGUCAGUCAAUAUCAGCUGUAACUACAAACCAUCAAAUGACAGUGAUGGUUUAAUAGUAGAACUGCAAACUAAUAGCACAUUGUGCUCAGUGAUGAAAAAUAACAAUUCAUGGAUAAAUCAGUCAUGUAGAUAUCACUGUAGAUUUAUUUGGAUUCCAGAUACUGUGCGAAUGGCAUUUGAGAUAUCAAAUCUGCAGAUAAAAGAUACUGGCACUUACAAAUGUGUUGUGACAAGAGCUAUACCACCUCCUUCUGUGCUUUUGAGAGAAGAAAGAACAUUUGUUCAAGUUACUGCACACCCAGUUGUGUCUGUGUCAGAUGUAAGUGCAUUGGGUGGAUUUCCCACAAUCCUGUGCAUCUCUGAGGGGUUUUACCCUUCUGCUCUAGAGCAGCUGUGGAUGAGAAAUGGAGCAUUUCAUAAUGCCUCAAUCACAAACAGCACUAACAAAACCAACCCUGAUGGAUCAUUCACCCUCCAUUCAUACCUGAAGAUAUCUGACUGUGCACACUACUCGUGUUGGGUAAACCACUCAUCCCUGAGCCAACCAGCAAUACUCCACAUGAGUCCUACUGACUGUAAUGAGGACAGAGAGGGGUUUAAUGGUUAUAAUAUUCAGAUAGCUUUGUUCAUCUCUUCACUGCUAACUUCAGUCCUCGUGAUCAUCACAGCAAUGUGUUGUCCAUACAGAGCCUGUCAGCAGCCUGUGAGCGUCAGUGUCACAUCUGACUCUGAACUGAAGACUGUGGUUCUGUACUCAAUACUGAGUUAUCCUCAUCCAGUUUCAUACAUCAACUGUCACCUCCACAAACCUGAUUAUUCCAGUUUAUUAUUCCAGUGAGACAUGUAGACCUGUAACUCAAAAAAUAAAGUAUGUCCAA